AUGAAUGGAUAUUUUCCAAGUGAAGAGGAUUUGAGCAAUCUAUGCACAAGCAAUUGUCUAAGCUCCCUUCAGGACCUUCGGAGUCAACAGAUAGAAGGGUGCACUGCCGAGGAUAGCAUCACAACAGGGGGGCUGGGCUUCCCUCCCACAUUGACGCUGGAUCAACUUAUCUUCACUUACCACUACAUCUGCAUCAAGGACGAAUCAUCUAAAUUCUGUGCACCACAGAUUGAAAACUGGCUGAAUUCUUCCACCGGAAUGACAGCGGCGCAGAAUUGUUCAACUUGCUUUCUUGGUACUUUGCAAACAGAGCUUGACUCGUACUUUGGGUACAACGAAGAACUGGCCGAGGAAUUCUCUUCUCUGACGUCAAGUUGUUCUAAAACCAACUACCCAGUCACCUCACCGCCAGUGUACACUGUUGUUCCUUCAGCAACAGCUAGUAUCUCUGUUACUUCAACUGUCUCUUCCAUUUCCUCUUCGGCCACCCCAACUGCCGAUUGCGCUGAGCAUUACACCAUCCAAGCAGGUGAUACGUGCUAUUCAAUCAGCACGAAAUUCAAUUCCUCUACACAUGAGCUGCUUUACAAAAACGAUCUGCCGGCUUAUUGUGCUGGCUUUCCUUCUACAGGCACUGCGCUCUGCAUCCCUGAAGCAUGUGAUAUCUACACAGUGCAGGAGGAUGACACAUGCUACAGCAUUAUGGUUGCGCACGAUUAUGCAUUCACUGUGACCCAACUCAUUUCUUGGAAUCCCAAUAUUAACCGGGAGUGCAGCAAUGUGAACCAGUUGGUAGGUUCUCAGAUUUGCCUGAGCUUCGAGAAAGGAGCCGCACCCACUGUUUCCUCAUCGGCCGCAAUUACCAUUGCUCCCAUUCCUACAUCUCUUGCCGAUGGGACAAACACUCGGUGUGCCGAGUAUCACCAAGUGGCUACCAACGAGACCUGCAGCUUAAUCACAGUGAAGAUGGGUAUCAGUCCGCUAGACUUUUACUUUCUGAACCCAGAAGUCAACUCAACAAGCUGCAACAACUUGAUACCGGGAGAAUCUUACUGUGUGAAGGCAGUUGGAGAUAUAAACACUUAUUCCGGCUAUGGGGGCGUCAGUCAGACUAAGUGUAUUCACCACGGCACUGUUGCCAGCUCAUGCUUGGCAACCACCACCUUGCCGACAGACACCUACUGGGACUUUCCUUCAGUUAUGAAUGCGACCAGUACGUCCACGAGCAUGGCCGCCUAUACCACUCUGUCCAUUGCAUCGGGAACGGUGUCUAAUUGUGCUCAGUACGAGCAAUAUUACGACCCUGGGGUCAACAGGUCCAAUACUGUGAACACAUGUGACUACAUAGCCUACUUUAUUGGGAUUACAGUCGAUGAGCUGUUGCAGCUGAACCCUUCCCUCACAUAUAACGACUCAAACCCAAGCGCUUGCUCCUUGCAGAAGGGCUACCGCUACUGUUCGCCAACCACCAUCGGUGUGACCCACUCAGCUAGUACCGGAAUAACAACACCCACGCCGACUCAAUCUGGCAUGGUCAGAAACUGUAACAAGUUCUAUGAUGUUGUGAAGGGGGACGGAUGCUAUGAUAUCGCGGCUGCCAACUCUAUCAGCUUGAAUGAUUUCUACAAGUGGAACAUUGGUGUGAAGAAUGAUUGCUCUGGCUUGCAACCUGAUUUCUAUGUCUGCGUUGGUCUCAGUGGUUGA